AUUGAGUUUACCCUCAAUGGAUUGGUUUAUUUCCUUUCAUGCCCCUUAUGCUUAGUUGCAUUCCUACCUAAAUAUUACCUCCGAAUUUGUCCAAAACUAGGGGUAGUCACAGAAACCCAUAAAACAAUAAACAAAGAAGACAAAUCAGCCUCCCAUCACCAGGCAAGGCCACUCCAGUUUUUCUUUCCCAUACACGCUGCCAUCUGUUUUUCCUUUUGGUAUUUUUGCAUAAAUUUUCCAUUUGAUGUGUCCACACACAAGCUAUUGAUAAUCGCCAAAGCCCAAUUCAAUACUCUCACUUCCAUUCUCAAGAAAUGGCAAUUUGCACAGUUUACACUUCCCAGUCUCUCAAUUCAACAUGUUCAAUUUACACACCAGGAAAAACCCACUUCGGAUUUAACCAAAAACAUCUUGUGUUCUAUAGCAGUAGCAAGAGAACCAACAGGAAAGCUUCCACUGGUGUAAUAACCUGCUCAGCAGAGGACUCACAGACUAUUGUGAUUGGUCUAGCAGCAGACUCUGGGUGUGGCAAGAGUACCUUCAUGAGGAGGCUAACUAGCGUGUUUGCUGGUGCAGCAGAGCCACCAAAAGGAGGCAAUCCUGAUUCAAACACACUCAUAAGUGACACAACUACUGUGAUAUGUUUAGAUGAUUAUCACUCACUGGAUAGGACAGGAAGAAAGGAAAAAGGGGUAACAGCACUUGACCCGAGAGCCAAUAAUUUUGAUCUCAUGUAUGAGCAAGUUAAAGCCCUUAAAGAUGGGAUUGCUGUUGACAAACCUAUCUAUAAUCAUGUUACUGGUCUCCUGGAUCCUCCUGAACUCAUCAAGCCUCCUAAGAUCCUUGUUAUUGAAGGUCUUCACCCAAUGUUUGAUGAACGUGUAAGGGACCUCUUAGACUUCAGCAUCUAUUUGGACAUAAGCAAUGAGGUUAAAUUUGCAUGGAAAAUUCAGAGGGACAUGGCAGAGCGAGGACACAGUCUUGAAAGCAUUAAAGCCAGUAUUGAAGCACGCAAGCCUGACUUCGAUGCUUAUAUUGAUCCACAAAAGCAAUAUGCUGAUGCUGUGAUUGAAGUGCUGCCAACCCAACUGAUUCCGGGUGACAAUGAGGGGAAAGUUUUAAGAGUUAGACUGAUAAUGAAAGAAAGAGUCAAGUAUCUCAGCCCUGUUUACUUAUUUGAUGAAGGCUCCACCAUCCUAUGGAUACCCUGUGGCAGGAAGCUCACUUGCUCUUACCCUGGCAUCAAAUUCUUAUACGGCCCUGAAACUUAUUUUGGCCAUGAGGUAUCAGUAUUGGAGAUGGAUGGGCAAUUCGACAGAUUAGAUGAGCUCAUCUAUGUAGAAAGCCAUCUAAGCAACAUCUCCACCAAGUUCUAUGGAGAAGUUACCCAACAAAUGUUGAAGCAUGCGGAUUUCCCUGGAAGUAACAAUGGAACAGGUUUGUUCCAAACAAUUAUCGGGUUAAAAAUAAGAGAUCUCUAUGAGCAAGUCAUUGUCAGCAAGUCAAAGACUCCUAUAGAAGCGAAAGCCUAAUUCAUCAAUUGCCUGCCUUGAAUACUGAACAAGGCACUUGCAUUCUCUAAAUUCCACCACCUUUUCUUUCUUUUCAUUUUCCCCCAUUGUUUUUGAGUUUUAGGGGCUAUUCCUCAUAAGAAUGAGAAACACUUGUGUACCUAUUUGGUGUUGUAAUUCUGUGGAGAUUUGUGUAAUAUAGGUAAAUCGAAAGCCAGCAGAGAUGAAAUUUAGUUUAAGGCUUUUCAACAAAACCACAACAUUUAGGUAUUAUUUUUUGUGUUCA